GGAGUGCCGUUCCAAAGGCAAAACUCGAGUCGCGACUAGCAACUCAACACAUCUACCUAGUUUAGUGAUACAGAUUUCAUGUCGCAAACUUUCCGAAGCUUUCAUUGAGCUGUAGUGGCAAGUUGACAGUGGCUACCAUGGGAGACUCAGAUAGUGACGGAGAGGCGUAUGGGCCGCAGCUACCUUCUACCGCCGCCCAACUCAGCAGCAAGAAUGGCAAGAAAGAGGAGGAAGAUUCUUGUACACCUUCCCUUCCUCCACACAUGAAGACAAGUGGAGGAUCAAGUACCACAACACAUGACCUUCAGGAUGGUCACAGCGGAAUGCAAGAACCCAACAACAGUGAAUCAGAGGAGGAAAGUGGGGAGUACUGCCCUCCCCUACCACCUCACAUGCAGCAGGGGAGCAGUAAUAACAGUGAAUCAGAGGAUGAAGGUGAGGAGUACUGCCCUGCCCUGCCACCUCAUAUGCUGCAGGGGGGAAGUAAGACCUCUCCUCAGUCUCGACAGAGAAGACCCAUGGUGGGACCCAUGUUGCCCAAAGGCUUUGCUCCACCCACAGAGGACCCAUCCAUGAAAGAAGAUGAAGAAGAGGAAAGUGAAGAGAAAGAAGAGGAGACAGGCCCAGUGAUAGGUCCUCUGCCUCCUGUUGACAAGGUGAACCCAGAAGAGUACAGGGCAUGGGAGUUAGAAGAACGUGCCAGGAAGAUGCGGGAGAAAUUGGAAGGCCGUAAUGUGGAUUCCAACAAGCCUCUUGCCCGGGAAAGUUGGAUGACCGAGCUUCCAGAUGACAAACCAAAUUUCUGUGGUUUGGGACCAAGGCAGUUCCUCCGCAAGACCCCAACUGAGAGAGGGGACCGCUCUUGUUGGACGGACACACCUACUGAUAAAGCUAGGAAGGCAAAAGAGCAGGAGCAGCACCAGAUGGAGGAGAGCACUCCAGAGGAAGUGGCUACCAAGCAGAGGGAUAAAGACCUGACAGAGAAAGUGGAUGAAUACAACAAGAACAAGAGAGCCAAACCCCUUGUAGAGCUACAUAGAAAGGAACUUAAGAGGAAGCAGAAAUCUGAGGGGCCUAAAGACCGUCGGCCCUUCAGUCGUGAGGAGGAUCUCAAUGUCAACAAAUUUGAUGAUGCCCAAAGAGAAAGUGUCUUGAAGAAGGCACGGCAGCUCAAUGAUAGGUUUUCUUCAGGGAAGGCUAAGUUCCUGUGAGUUUGAUGAGAGGAGCUGGUCCAUUGCAAAAAAAGAAGAUUGGGUGAGGUAAUUUGUAAGGAUUUGUUUGAAAAUGUACAAAAUAGAGCAGUAUUGAGUACCAUUUUAAUUGACUUUUUAUUACACAUUUAUUUAGUUAAUAUUAUCAAGAUAUAAAAGUUAUUUGUAUUGUAAUUUUGUAAAUGUGUGAUAAACUUACAUCUAAUCAGUCAUAUUUAGUGAAUAAUGUGUAGAUUAUGUCAAUGCUUGAAAAUUUCCUGCCCUACAAUUUUUGAAUAAAGGAUUCAUAACUUGUAAUAAA